AUGGUGGAUUUAUCUGAGAAAGCUGAAUUUCAAGAAUCAUUUGAUUUUCAAUAUAUAAAUGCAGUUAACGGCCAAUCAGAAUUAGUUAAUAACAAUUCAAUGAAUGAUACUCUGCAUUCAUCCGAUAAUGAUAGGGUAGUUAGUGAUGAAAUGCUGAAACUGCUAUUGGUUGCUAUUACCACAAUAAUUGUGCUUGUCUGUCUAACGAUAUGCAUUUCUGCAUGUAUUUGCAUUUGUCUCAAUAAGCGCCGUAAUUUAAAACGCCAAAAUAAAAAAGAUCAUCUUCUACUACCGGAACAAUCCGAGAAAAUAACUCACACUCGAUCAUCGUUAACCAAUCCAGUAACUAAAAAUAUAACUUUAACUAUAUUAUCAAAUAGUAAACAAGAUUUGGAUAAAACUAUUUUGCCUUCUUCUAUUCAAAAGUCAGCAUCAAAUCUAAUACAUGGAAAUGCACCAAUAAAAUCUUAUUAUUAUGAUACGUUCGACGAUAUUCCGUUUAUUGAUGAAUCACGACCAACAAGCUAUAUUGAUAUUACACGAGUUUAA